UACAGGUAAAAACUGAAGCAACAUUUGAGGAGUGUGAAAGACAGUUACUGAACUGAUGUAGGAUCAUUGACGUGUAACAUUGUGUUUCUCUCUUUACAGAUGAGGUGUGACCUGCCGAUUAUUUCCUACUUUUAUUUCAAAUUCCCAGUUUUUGAUUCUCCACCACCAUACCUGGCCUUUUCUGACUUCAUAAAAGCUUUUGACUCCACGUAUGGAGAAUAUUUUUGGAAAAUCCUGCCCAAACUUUCUUGUCCUCAGGAACAGACCAGACUACAACACCCAUAUAAAUGCGCAGCCGAAUCGCGUUCUGGGACAUGUAGUCCUCACGUCUGUGCUGAGGUCGUGAAAGGAAGGUAAAAGAACUACGUUGACCGGUAACCUUUGCGGCGCCCGUGACGUGGACCGUGGGAAGGGUGUCGCUGGCCGACACCACCAGUAGAAGCGGAGAACUACAGGGCCCGAUAACGCGGGGCCAUUGGAAGCUGUAACAGUGGAGAGGCGGGGCGUACGCGGUCUGGUGGUGCGGCGAGUGGCAGAGUUAGAGUUUGAGAGAAACGAGUGUCUUUCUUGAGAGAAAAGGCGACAGAAACAGACCACAACAUGUCGCUUCAGGUCGUCACGGCGAAGCUGGCCGAGGUGGAGCUGAAAGAGGCUGUGGUGGCCUCGGAUAAUGUGAGCGGCGAGGGCAACAGCGUCCAGACAAAAGACGGAGAGCCCACGGCAACAGCCUCGGCGGAGGAAGUCAAGCAUCAUCACCUGCCGCCGCUGAGCACUGCAACCAAGGACUCCAAGUCGGCAAUGAAACGGAUGGAGGCCGCGCAGAACGGGGACACGUUCAACGCGGACGGGACCGUCAUGGAAGCGCCACGGACCGUGAAAAAGCAGAUCCAGUUUGCUGACCAGAAGCAAGAAUUCAACAAACGUCCAACAAAAAUAGGUCGUCGUUCGCUUUCUCGAUCAAUCUCUCAAUCCUCUACGGACAGCUACAGCUCAGAACUGAUGGGUAUGUCUAAUCAAAAUAAUGCGGCAUCUUAUACAGAUAGCUCAGAUGAUGAAACAUCACCUCGUGAUAAGCAACAGAAAAAUUCAAAGGCCAGCAGUGACUUCUGCAUCAAGAACAUCAAGCAGGCUGACUUUGGGCGUAGGGAGAUUGAAAUUGCAGAACAAGAGAUGCCAGCACUCAUGGCUCUACGAAAACGAGCCCAGGGAGAAAAGCCAUUGGCUGGAGCGAAGAUAGUUGGCUGCACUCACAUUACAGCCCAGACUGCGGUUCUGAUGGAGACACUUGCUGCCCUAGGAGCACAGUGCAGGUGGGCUGCCUGUAAUAUUUAUUCUACCCAGAAUGAAGUGGCUGCUGCUCUGGCUGAGAAUGGUUAUCCAGUCUUUGCUUGGAAGGGAGAAUCAGAAGAUGAUUUUUGGUGGUGCAUUGAUCGCUGUGUGAAUGUGGAAGGAUGGCAGCCUAACAUGAUACUGGAUGAUGGUGGAGACCUCACUCACUGGAUUUAUAAGAAGUAUCCUAACAUGUUCAAGAAAAUUAAGGGCAUUGUGGAAGAAAGUGUGACUGGUGUUCACAGGCUUUACCAGUUGUCUAAAGCUGGUAAGCUCUGUGUUCCAGCCAUGAAUGUAAAUGACUCUGUAACCAAGCAGAAGUUCGAUAAUCUUUAUUGCUGUAGAGAGUCCAUACUGGAUGGCCUCAAGAGGACAACAGAUGUGAUGUUUGGAGGCAAACAGGUCGUGGUCUGUGGAUACGGAGAGGUUGGAAAGGGCUGUUGUGCUGCUUUAAAGGCAAUGGGAUCCAUAGUGUACGUCACAGAAAUUGAUCCAAUUUGUGCUCUCCAAGCCUGUAUGGAUGGAUUCAGACUUGUCAAAUUGAAUGAAGUAAUCAGACAGGUGGACAUUGUCAUUACUUGCACAGGUAACAAAAAUGUAGUGACCAGGGAACACCUGGAUCGGAUGAAGAAUGGUUGUAUCGUCUGCAACAUGGGACAUUCCAAUACUGAGAUUGAUGUGGCAAGCCUUCGAACCCCAGAACUCACAUGGGAGCGUGUUAGGUCACAAGUGGAUCAUGUCAUUUGGCCGGAUGGCAAAAGGAUUGUUUUGCUAGCUGAGGGGCGGCUGCUUAACUUGAGUUGUUCCACAGUCCCUACUUUCGUGCUCUCCAUCACUGCUACCACACAGGCACUGGCAAUGAUAGAAUUGUAUAAUGCACCAGAGGGACGAUAUAAACAAGAUGUAUACUUGCUGCCUAAGAAGAUGGAUGAAUAUGUGGCAAGUCUUCAUUUGCCCACUUUUGAUGCACAUCUCACAGAACUGACAGACGAGCAGGCAAAAUAUCUGGGUUUGAACAAGAAUGGGCCUUUCAAGCCAAACUAUUAUCGGUAUUAAAUGCAAAGCAACAAGUCCAUCAAACAAGAGGGGAACCUUUUGUCACUAAUGUACACGAACAAAAUCUCUUCUUUAGAGCUGGCCUUGAUUUAAGCAGUUUUAAAUAUUUAGUCAUUUAUUUAUUUACAUAGAAUGUGUAUAAUCUCAGCAGACAAUUUUUUACCGCACUAGAAGAUGAAAAAUAUCUGUUAAAUAUGGUCUUUUUUUUCUUCUAUUGCUGUUGUGCUUUAAAAUAAUUAUAACAUCCUUGCUGUUAACCUUGGGAAAGAAACAAUGGAAGCAAAAUGUUAGCUGUUUUAAAAUUGUUAAGGUGCACAUAUUUCAGAUGUUUCAUUUUUAGUUUUUUUAAUUUGUUAAGUAAAAAGCGGUAAGGAAAUACGUAAAUGCUUACGAUUUACCAUUAUGGAAUUCCUCAAAAGAUUUUCUUCAAACAAAAUCUAGCUGUGAGAACCUGCAAAAUCAAACAAUAAGGCUCUCAAACUAUAACUUGUGUUUUGUUUCUUAAACUUUUUUUUAAAUCAGGUGUAUCAGAGUAGAUGGUGUGUGACUGGUUGGGUAGCUUAGCAUUAAGAUUCCUCCUUUGCCGCACUGCUGUUGUUUGCUUAUGUGGUGGUACUGUUUGAAACUUGUCUCAACUCCUAAGAAUGUGAGCUUCUUCCCCCAGCUGGGACAUUAGCUUCAAGACUGUAGAGUGCAUAAAGCCUGGAAUGGUCUGCAGAAGUGAUGAGGUCACCAAAUGAACCACAGAUAAUCCACAAAGCCUUCAACCAUUGUUAUUUUUUAAAAUAAGUGAGCUCCAUAGCUUUUUUUUGUGCAACUUGCUUCAAUAUUUAAGCAGAAUAAAGUUCCAUUUUUUUUUACCCUGAAAGAUGGGACAUUUGUUUGCAGAUUAAUGGGCUUAUAUUGUAGAACACCAAUGAAAGAUGCUUUUUGGUAUUUAAAUGUGUUUUUGAUUUAACUUAUUUAUCCAACUCCUUUACCCACUUCAUUCCAUCCUAGAAUUUUCAGAUGGUACUAAUUGUUACAAAUUGUUGCAUGUGCUUAGUGCUUCUGAUUGGUCUUCUACCAACCCAUCUUCACUGAGAUUGGGACUGCCAUGCAUGCUGUCACCUGCCCAGUCAACAAAUGGGAAAAUAUGGCAGUAAACGUCACCAGUUGGAAGCUUGGACUUGCACCAAAGAAGAUCGUUCACCCAACUGCACCUGUGAAGCUGUCUGGCCAAGAGCCAUUUUAUGUUUUUUCUCUCUGAGGAAAAACCUUGCCUUAUCAAUGACUAUUAGUCUUAAUUAUUUCUCUGAAAUAUUUAUCGUAACAUUAAAUAAUUGCUGUUUUAUUUGAAACAUUUUUCCACAUCUGUUUUAGGAUUCCCACAGAUAUAUUAACCCUAUACAUUUCUGCACAUUGCUAUAUUUGUUCUCCCUCCCCUGCAAUGCCAAAAAACUAAUAUUUUAAAAUGAAUCCCAGCCAUUUAGUGGGCUUUUUUUUUAAUUCUCGCUUUGACUGUGGGGAAGAGGUUGGCAUGGAAUGUAAUAAUUGUUAUAUGUAACAAAUAAAAGUUUAAAGCAAGAUGGACACCAGCAACCUGCUCCAGAGAGCAGAAGUAUCGACUCCAAAAGGAAAAGAAAAUCAUUUGUUUACCUAGACAAACUGGGUUUUAAAACUGAGGUAACUAUUUUACGUACUGUAUUAAUGGUCAAGUAUUGUAGUAGAUGAGCAAUAAUGAAGCUGUAAUCAUAAUUCAAAUAAAGUUAAUAAAUUCAGAGUUUUUUUCCAACA